AUGAAGACACGAUUUAACACUUACGAUCUUGUAUGUUCAGUUACUGAACUACAAAAACUUAUUGGCAUGCGUGUCAAUCAAAUAUAUGAUAUAGAUCAUCGUACUUAUCUCAUACGCUUUCAACAUAGCGAAGAAAAAUGCAUUCUUUUACUUGAAUCUGGUAAUAGACUGCACACAACAAAUUUUGAAUGGCCAAAAAAUGUAGCUCCUUCAGGUUUCUCCAUGAAGAUGCGCAAACAUCUUAAAAAUAAAAGAUUGGAAAGUCUUACUCAAGUUGGUAUGGAUCGAAUAAUAAAUUUACAAUUUGGAACUGGCGAGGCUACAUAUCAUAUAAUUUUAGAAGUAUAUGAUCGUGGUAAUAUAAUCCUCACUGAUCAUGAAAUGGUAAUUUUAUAUGUCUUAAGACCUCAUACAGAAGGAGAUAAGAUUAGAUUUGCAGUGAAAGAAAAAUAUCCAUUAGACAGAGCACAUUCUGCAACAAUGCCACCUAUAGAUACAAUCCACAAGCAUAUUCAGAAAGCUAAAGAAGGAGAUAGUCUUAAAAGAGUGUUGAAUCCAUUAUUAGAAUUUGGUUCAGCUGUGAUUGAUCAUGUUUUACUUAAAGCUGGAUUUACUCUUGGUUGCAAAAUUGGUAAAGAAUUUAAUGUCACUAAAGAUAUGCCGAAAUUAAUUUUAGCGCUUGAGGAUGCAGAUAAAAUCAUGGAUCAUGCAAAGAAACAUGUCUCAAAAGGCUACAUUAUCCAGAAAAAAGAAACAAAGCUGAUUCAAGAUGGCAAGGAAGAUUUCAUAUUUGCUAAUAUUGAAUUUCAUCCUUUCUUGUUUGAGCAAUACAAGAAUCAACCAUACAAAGAAUUUGAUUCUUUUGAUGCAGCAGUGGACGAAUAUUUUUCCACAAUGGAAGGACAAAAACUAGAUUUAAAGGCUUUGCAACAGGAAAGAGAAGCUUUGCAAAAAUUAGAGAGAGUAAAGAAAGAUCAUGAUCAGAGAUUGAUUACAUUGGGAAAGACACAGGAAUUAGAUAAACAAAAGGCAGAAUUGAUUUCAAGAAAUCAAGCUUUAGUGGAUAAUGCUAUACUAGCGAUACAAAGUGCCUUAGCAAAUCAGAUGUCUUGGCCAGACAUUCAAGUUCUAUUGAAAGAAGCUCAGGUCGUAGGCGAUCCUGUUGCUUCCGCUAUAAAACAAUUAAAAUUGGAAACAAAUCAUAUUACUUUGCUCUUACACGAUCCUUAUGAAGACAGUGACGAAGAAUCUGAGCUAAAGCCUAUGCUCAUCGAUAUAGAUUUAGCCCAUACAGCAUUUAGUAAUGCUAAAAUGUAUUAUAGUCAAAAAAAGUCAGCUGCUAGGAAGCAACAAAAAACAAUAGAAUCCCAGGGAAAAGCUUUAAAAUCGGCAGAAAAAAAGACAAAGCAAACUUUGAAAGAAGUUCAAACCAUACAUACAAUUAAUAAAUUAAGGAAAAUUUAUUGGUUUGAAAAAUUCUAUUGGUUUAUUACAUCUGAAAAUUAUUUAGUGAUUGGAGGAAGAGAUCAGCAGCAGAAUGAAUUGAUAGUGAAAAGAUAUCUAAAGGCAGGAGAUUUAUAUGUUCACGCAGAUUUAGCUGGUGCCAGCUCCGUCGUAAUAAAAAAUCCCAGUGGCAAUCCUGUACCACCCAAAUCGUUAGCAGAGGCUGGUACAAUGGCUGUUGCAUAUAGUAUAGCCUGGGAUUCCAAAAUAAUAGCUAGUGCAUGGUGGGUGCAUCAUGAUCAAGUAUCGAAGAGUGCACCUACUGGAGAAUAUCUCACUACUGGAUCCUUCAUGAUACGUGGAAAGAAAAAUUAUCUCACGCAAAGUCAAUUAAUCAUGGGAUUGGGUAUUAUGUUUCGUCUGGAAGACAGUUCAAUAGAACGACAUAAAGAUGAAAGAAGAGUUAAAACUGUAGAUGAGGAAAGUGAAAAAGAUUUGAUAAUUGAAGAUGACAAGGAAAUAGAAUUAGAAGAUGACUCGGAUGAAGAUGAAAAUUUAGAAAAUAAAAAUACGUUAAAUCCAAUUCAAGAGGAGGAUUAUUUACCAGAAGAUCAGGAGAAAUCAGAAUCAUAUGCAAAAAACAAUAAUACUAAUAAAGAUUUAUGUCAAGAAGACGAUGAUGAAGAUAUAAAAUAUAAAUUUCCCGAUACACAAAUUAAAAUUGACCUUUCAGGCCCAAAGGUAAAAUUACAUGUUGAUAACAAUCAACCCUUAAUACAAAUGCAAAAGAAUACGGAAGAAAAUGUAGUUUAUUUAGGAGAUGAUAAACCUGUUAUAAUAAAUACAUCAAUUAAAGAGAAACAUACAAAAGCAAAACAAAAAGAGCAUUUAAUAGAAGAAACAGAAAAAAUUGAAAAAAGUGAUAAGAAUGAACAUGAUAACAAAAAAAAGGAGCAACCUAUUUUCAAACGAGGACAAAAGGGAAAAUUAAAGAAAAUGAAAGAGAAGUACAAAGAUCAAGAUGAAGAAGAUAAACGACUUUCAAUGCUUGUCUUGCAGUCGGCAGGUGCAGCUAAGGAAGACAAAAGAAAAAAUAGGGCUAAAGAUCCAUCAGGUCCAAAACAACAAGGGAAAAAAAAGACUAAUCUAAAACCAAACGUUUCAUUUCAAUCUAUGCACAUUAUAGAUAACAUUGAUGACGAAGACACAGGUCCAAUUCCCGAAGUCGACAUGCUUGAUCAAUUAACAGGAAAACCUUUCUCAGAAGAUGAAUUAUUGUUUGCUGUACCUGUAGUUGCGCCUUACAAUACCUUACAAAAUUACAAAUUCAAAGUGAAAUUGACACCCGGUAUAGGAAAAAGAGGUAAAGCUGCCAAAACAGCUGUGGCUGUAUUUCUCAGAGACAAAGAAAUUUCUUCACGAGAAAAGGACCUGUUAAAGGCAAUUAAAGAUGAGACAAUAGCCAGGAAUAUACCUGGAAAAGUGAAAAUAAGCGCCCCUCAGAUUCAAAAAUUAAAAAAAUGAUUACCUGGCUUAAAAUGCUAAUUUUAAUUCAGAUAAUUGAUAAUUCCCUUAUCAUUUGCAGUAUACAAAAUUUAAAAAUAUUUUGGAAAUCGCACUUUUUCAAAUUAUAGAUUUUUUAAUAUUUAAUAAAUGUUAAUU